AUGUCUCGAUCGGGAUCGCUCCGAACUCGCACUUCGUCAGUCAGACUCGACGAUGAAGACCGGAGCGUCAACAAUGGUGCAAACCCAGCUUUCACAUUUAUCUACAUUGCGGCCGCGGAAGGCAAGACUUAUCUACAACGAUGCAAUGAACGCACAAAGUACCAGCUCCAAUCCUGUAAACAGUACUUUAAGCGCAAACUAGGAAUUAAGCAUCCAAAUUACGGGAAUGAGUUUGAUGAAGACUUUAUAAAACAGUAUUGGGAAGGCAAAAACCGCUCGCGCUACAAUGGCAGUGGCAGCCACACGAUUGGUGCAACCAGCUCAAAAGCAUCGCUCCGUUCAACAAGCUCUCUUAGCUCCUGGUGUGUACCUGUAGAGUAUCGUGCCAGGUCUGGAAGCAAUACAGGUGGACCGGGAGUUUUGACCCCUUCAAGCAGCAUCAAUUCUCAGAGUUUAAACAGUACCCCCACGGACGAAUUUCGGAGUUUUUCAAUGAGCAAUGUUAGUCAAGACUCAUCGCUUACUUCGGCUGACGGCACAGAACCUUCAACACCGCCAUCCACUGACUCUUCAUCAACACCAUCCACUGACUCUUCAUCAGCUUUGGGGAUAUCUGGUAAUAAAAGUAGCUUUAGCAGUGUUAGCAGUUUUACGAGCUGUAGUAGUGGUUACAAUAGUCCCAGAUAUAGUAUAGCCCCCUCUCCGCCAAGCAUCAAUAAUAGUAAUAAUAACCGGAAUCUUCCCAACACACCUUUUUCACGAAAACGAUCAACAAGCAACCGGCGUUCGCAUUCCUACACGGCUUCUGGUCUUCGCGCAGGGAUCUAUUCAAGCAUUCAAAACAAGGCUAUUCCCAACAGCAGCGUGUUUAGACGCAGGUUUUUCCGCAGCGACAAGAACCAGUGCCUAGUGCCAGAAGAUGAUGAGACGCAUUCUUUAAACCACGGCGAUUUUUACGCGCCAAUUUCUGCUGAGGAGACUUCCAAGAAAGUCCACUCUACUCUCUACGGCUCAGCAGCCAACGGUACAUGUGACAAUAACGAUGACGACGAAGAUGAUAUCACGGAUGAGGAAUCUGAUAGGCUACUUGAACUGAUUGACCAGGGGAACCACAAUUCAGACGAGUAUGUGGAGGUGUCUUAUGAGCUCAUCAAUAAGCUUGCCGUAAUGAACCAUGUAGAGGUUGACGUUGACCCAGAACUUGGUUUAAUGCUGGAUGCAUGCCGGGACAGUGCCUCUUGCAGUCCCGAUAUUGUUUCUAGUGGGAAUGGCGCUGACCUUGACACGAUUCCUGAAAAUGAAGAAUAUACUUGUCUAGAUAUGGGACACAAGCCUGUGCACGGGCAAACAAGAUUUAGAUAUGAUACAGUCAUGGUGGAGAUGAGCCUAAAACACUUGGCUGUAUUUGCAGGCAAAUUCAGCCAUAGGUUUAACUUUUGUAUUUCCCGCGGUAAGAACAAUAAGUUGCAGUUUUACAUUGCAGGCAUUAAAGAGGACGAAGAGCAAGAUGAAGAAAAGGAUAAAGAUGAAAAUGAGGAUUUGGAGGAUGAAAAUGAGGAUGAAGACGAGUUUGAUGAUGCUAAUGAAGAAGAAGAAGAAGAUGUGGCUACUGAAACUCAAUCAAAGCAUACGCAUAUAAAUCUUGACGAUUAUGUGAAUAGUUGCAGAAACUCUCCUCUUAACGCUAAAACAUCUAACUGCGACAAUGACGAUAACGACGACGCGUUGCUUCCUUCAUUUUAUAGCUCUGAUGAUACACCGCAACCAAGUGAUGUGGAGAGUCUUCACGGGAACUUGUAUGGGGAUUAUGACGACGACGACGACGAUGACGACGACUGUGGUACAGAGGGCGGGUGUACGGUUUCCAAUACCAUCACACAUAGCAAUCGCACCUACUGUGAUGAAAAUGAUUACAAUAAUGGCAGUCAGCUCCAAUUGACUGCGACUAGAACACUAGACGACGGGUCUUUGCAGACAGAAGUGAUUACAGAACCUGUCAAAGACCCGGUACAAGAAGUAAGGCCCAUAGUUGUUUCUCUUUCAGAAUUGGAGAAACAGCAAGCUCCGGUACCUGUGCCGGUACCCGCAGCCAAAGAAGAAGAAGCUGCAGCAUCAGCAGCAGUAGCCGCAAUAGCAAAAAGAAGUAUUUCUAUGACUCUUUCAGAAACACGAGCAAAUACUCUUGAAGCUAACGGGUCCGCCAAAACACUGGCAAAAGAUUUGCCGGCAUAA